AUGAGCAGCAUCAAACUGUCGCUGGCCAUAGUUGGGGCGGCGUUGGGAGUCAGUGCAGCCGGAGAGGCUCCAUGGGGAUCCAAGACUUCGCCCGGAACAAGCAGGCGGAGCUACAGCCUUGCCAUGUCAGGACCGUAUGAUUUCACCACGAAAGCAAGGAACACCCUGCGAGAGCAGUAUGUUGAGGAGCAGCAAAGGAUCUUUCCUAGGAUUGAGGAUAUCCCGGUCCUUUCAGACAUUCACGGAUACUACCAGAACUGGAGGCGAGACCAAGAGAGAGAAAAGAUGGCAAAAGAGGGGCGGGUGAACAUGGAUGCUUUUCCUGACAAAGGUUGUUCGUGUGUGGGGCGGACGGCAUUGUGCGGGGUCAAGAUCAACGUCGACAAGGGCGGGUUCAAGUACAACGAGAAGGUUGGUCUGAGCUUCCGGCUCAACUCCGACGAGACCGUCUCUGAAGCCAUCUACGUUCAAGGCGUGACCAAAUGGAAAGGAAAUCUUCCUCUGAACUCGCCGGGGAUGUGCUUUUUCCUGAGGAGCAUCCCAAAUUCCGACCAGAAGGAUGUGAUCGCCAUUGAGCCCGGGCCCGAGGAUAAGCGCAAGUUGCCGAUGGAGCUUGCACUCCGCUUCGACAACCUCAAGUCAAACCCAAAACGAUUCUCCGCAAAGCUCCGAGCUGAGUGUAAGGCCAUGGGCUCGGCUGUCACCUCUGUCAACAUCGACACGAUCAAGCUCAAGAUUUUGAGCUGA